UUAUAAAGCUCCUCUGAAGAUUGUUCUCCUUGAGUCAUUUCUGGAAAUCCAAACCCAAACAUAGACCUUUUGUACUGUGCGAGUGUUGUGUUUGGUAGAGGAUUCAGGCCCAGGGAGAACUGCUGUGACCUGCUGUUUCAGGGAGGGUAGCCAAAAGGGAUUUGGCUUACACCACCGACUAGGGAAAGUCAGAGCAGGACACCAUCCCCAGGGCCCUUGCUUGUGCAAAGCUUGCGUUAGAGAACUCUUUUCUCCCUGAACUGAACUUAGUGAAGAAAACACGACAAACCUAAGGCGGUGAACUUUUCCGAACCAAGAGUUGGUUUAAAUAUAGAUGAUCUGCCUUUCUGGCAACUUGGAGGCUGCGGUGGGACUUGUUGUACCUUUUAUAAGACAAGUGAGGAAAGAUGUUGGCACCUGUACUUGUGUAGUUUGUUUAUGAAAUAUAAACUCUCCGGUGGAAGCGAGGACUUGAAAGGGCAGCGUCCAAGGUAGCGUGUCCUACCUUAGCUGGGGAAAAGGUGCUUCUCCAAGCCCCCACUGUGAAUUGCCUCAUUCCCUAGAGAAAGUUGGGACAGCCAGGCUUCCUGUCCUAUUAUGUAUUGAGACCAACUCUGGCAGGGGUGGGGGUGGAAAAGUUUCUGUGAAACUGACAGACACUGGACUGGAUUUUCUUUCCCAGGGAGGAGAAACAAUACUUUAGGAGCUACAAAGUCAGUCCUUAUUCAGAGCAGUGUUCCUCUUUUCAAUUUUAGAGACUUGAUUUAUGUACCCCCGAGCCUACUUAGAGCCAAGGGGAUGCAGCAGCCUGCUCCCAUCUGCAACCCCCACCAUCCUCCCACAGUGGGCUCUGGCUCUAGGUGGGUCCAGGGCUGGGCAUUGCGGGUCUGCAGCACAUCCUCCUCAGUAUUCCAGCGCAGCUGUCUGAAGUUUUUUCUGCUGCGCCUGAACUGAUGUCAUUUCCCACUUGGCAGACAGCUUCGGCUUUGCUGCGUCUGAGAUAUGUCACGAGAAGGUGGGGGUGGGCCAGAACCAGGCGGGGGGAGUAGCGAGGAGAGCAGGAGACAGUGUGCCUGCUCGGUCCCAGGACUCUGUUUACUUUGCUUUGCUAAGGAAGGCUGGUGAACCAGGACCACCGCGCACACAGGCCCAUCAGGGGCAAUGCUCAUUCCAAGACCUUAACUUUUAAGAGCCCUUUGUUCCAACGUUAGUGUGGACGAUGCUCUUGCAGGAUGCCUUUCCUUUUGGGUCUUAGACAGGAUAAGGAAGCCUGUGUGGGUACCAACAAUCAAAGCUACAUCUGUGACACAGGACACUGCUGUGGACAGUCUCAGUGCUGCAACUACUACUAUGAACUCUGGUGGUUCUGGCUGGUGUGGACCAUCAUCAUCAUCCUGAGCUGCUGCUGUGUCUGCCACCACCGCCGAGCCAAGCACCGCCUUCAGGCCCAGCAGCGGCAACAUGAAAUCAACCUGAUCGCCUACCGAGAAGCCCACAAUUACUCAGCGCUGCCAUUUUAUUUCAGGUUUUUGCCAAACUAUUUACUACCUCCUUAUGAGGAAGUGGUGAACCGACCUCCAACUCCUCCCCCACCAUACAGUGCCUUCCAGCUACAGCAGCAGCAGCUGCUGCCUCCACAGUGUGGCCCUGCAGGUGGCAGUCCCCCGGGCGUCGAUCCCACCAGGGGAUCCCAGGGGGCACAGAGCAGCCCCUUGUCUGGUCCCAGCAGAAGCAGCACAAGACCCCCAAGCAUCGCUGACCCUGAGCCCUCUGACCUACCAGUUGACCGAGCAGCCACCAAAGCCCCGGGGAUGGAGCCCAGUGGCUCUGUGGCCGGCCUGGGGGAACUGGACCCAGGGGCCUUCCUGGACAAGGAUGCAGAAUGUAGGGAGGAACUGCUGAAAGAUGACAGCUCUGAACACGGCGCACCCGACAGCAAAGAGAAGACGCCUGGGAGACACCGCCGCUUCACAGGUGACUCGGGCAUUGAAGUGUGUGUGUGCAACCGAGGCCACCAUGACGAUGACCUCAAAGAGUUCAACACGCUCAUCGAUGAUGCUCUGGAUGGGCCCCUGGACUUCUGCGACAGCUGCCAUGUGCGGCCCCCUGGUGAUGAGGAGGAAGGCCUCUGCCAGCCCUCUGAGGAGCAGGCUCGAGAGCCUGGGCACCCGCACCUGCCACGGCCACCCGCAUGCCUGCUGCUGAACACCAUCAACGAGCAGGACUCUCCCAACUCCCAGAGCAGCAGCUCCCCCAGCUAGAGCAGGCCCUGCCAGCACCCACAACUUGGCAAAGCAACCAGGGUAGGGGAGAACCACGAGAGAAGCAUUAAGUGACUUUCAAAGACUUUCAGAGUACAGCCACUUGGUUCCUUUUUGUUUGUUUUCCUCCUUCUCUCCUGCAUUUUCCUCCAUCUCCAGGUACAGUUCGGGGUGUGGAUGCUUCUCCUUCCACAAGGGCACAGUGUUGUGGAGGCUAAGUUGGUUCUGUGACUCAUUCCUCAUACUCCAACUCCAUCUCCGUUCUUUAAAGUCAAAUCUCACCUACCUGUUUGGAUCAGAGAGAUGUGGUUUAAAAGCCCCCAAGGAAAGAGGCUGGGACUGUGCCCUGUCAUGAUUCUUGGUGAUGGAUUAGGUUUGUGCUCUGAUUCUAGUUUAAGAGAACGUUGCCGUGUCUCAGUCCAGGAGAGGCAGCCCAUCUUGGCCCUGGAUGAAAAAGGAAGCCCACAGAGGCCCAGGGCUUGUCACUGUGGCUGCCAGUGUCUGCCGAGCCAGCACUGAGCUAAUCCUGUGGGAGGAUGAGAGCUGCUGGGCCAUUGUAUGAUAGGUUGGUAGGGGCUUGUUGAUCUGUCAAAUUCCAGGUGACAAGAUCGAUGCACCCCAUGUGCCCUUGAGGUGCCUCUUCCCCGGGCUCUGGCUGGCUGCAGGCUGGUUCUGGUGUGAAAGAUGAUACUGCCUUUUCUUCGUUUGUUUGUUUCCUCUAAAAACAAACAGCAAAAGACAGCUGAAAACAAGAACUUCACCGGUGGGCAGGCAAGAAUUCUCUUCUGGAAACUGACGUUUGUGGCUCUUUCCCAAGUUGGCUUUCAAAGAGCCUGGCUGCCGUUGAGCCAGAAGAUGUCUUGUGUGAAGGCUGGGGUGGAAGCUGUCUUGGAACCUCUGCGAGCCGGGGGCCCUAAGCCACAGCAGUGAAUAGAGGCGCAGCGCUCGGCCCCUCUGCCCUUUGGUCUGUGUUCACAGGUGACCCGUGUCAGCCUGUGUUGCCAGCACACGCCCUGCGGGCCUUCAUGUCUCACUGUUCCGUAUGAGGAAACAGACAGCGGACUGAGGAAGCCAUGGCCCCUGAGAAAGGGCCCCUGUGGCCUGGCUCUCACACAGAAUUUUAUCUUUGAUUCUGAAGAAAUAUUUUUUGUGGGUUUUUCUUUUUUUUUUUUUUUUUUUUUUGGUGGCGGUUGUUGUUUGUUUUAAACUGACCACUUGGAAGAAAUACCUUGGUUAUCUGUGGUUUUCAUGCCUUGUCCCUGCCUCUGCCCCCACCCCUUUUGAGUCGGGUGACUCAUUUUUCUGUGUAGAGACUCGGUGGCCCAGGCAGGAGGUGGAAGCAGCCGUCCGGAAGGCCCUGGGGACGCUUGUGCCUGUUGCUCAGCUUCAGGUCACCGGCUGAGCUGUGACAGGAAAAUCCGAAUGGAGGCAGCAAACAGCCAAAACAAACAUUCCCCGCCCGGCCCUGUGCAUAUAAAGAGUCUGUUUCUUCCCCCAACUCUUGAACGAUGAUGAUAUUCAGACGAAGCAUUGAUGUUAUGGAAGAAAGAAAGAAAAAGAAAAAAAUAUAUAUAUAUGUGUGUAUGUCCAAAAACAGACAAAUCCAAGGCUGUGAGGUAAACAUGUCUGCAUUUGGAUUCCACAAAACCAAAAUCCAUGUUGAACAAAGUGAAGUCCGUACACAGUGACUUUUUGGGUGAGCCGUGUGUGUCUGUCCAUUGUGUGUGAGCCUCAAGCCCUGUUUUCCUGUGAAGAUACUUUGAGUGGCAGCCAUUCUCCCCACGUGAACCACACGUCUGGAGCACAGACAGCCCUCUCAAGGUCAUUGAUCUUACGCAUUUACUGUUUACCGAACAAAUGUCUGACUGUGUACUCGGGAGUACUCCGCAGCAUUGUCGACUGCAGUCCCCUGUGUUUGCCAGAUACUGUGCUUGAAGUAGAGGUUUUACUCUACUCAUCACUGCGAUUUGCACAUUGCUCCGUGGACACUCGGAGGCCUGUGUUAUGUUCCCUGUAAAUGGAAGCGUGCUCUGAGCCUGUCUGCCUCCCUCGGCUGCUGCUGGUCCUCGGUACCAGCCCCCAGGGGUGUCCACAACCACUUGGGACAGAAGAAGGUGGAAUUUCAGACAGAAGCUUGAUUGGGUCUUCAGUGACAGGCUUGGACUAGCUGUGGCCCAGACAUCGGCCCUGCCCAGAAUUGCCAGGAGGAGGCUUUGCAGGCUGUAGCGGGGCCACAGGGCCUGCCUCCCUCUGGUGAGUCCAACAGUCGCAAGCAAGCUAGCAUGUGGCCAGAGGCGGCCAGAGUGUGUCACAGCUCUCAGAUGCCUUUCCUUCCACCUUUUUUUUUUUUUUUUUUUUUUUUAAAGAAUCCCCAAAUAACUCACUGAAGGGUCUCAAAGGCGAACAAGUUUUACCAAAAUGAAUCCUUUUUCAGUUAACAGAUCAAAUGGAUGAGUUCUGACCCUCUCAAGUUCCUUUCCCCAGUUAGAGUGGGGAACUGGGCAAGUGUUAACUGUGGGACUCACUGCAGCGUCCUACCCUAAAGGCACGAGAAGACAGAAAUGCAACCUGCGGAGCUGGGCUUGGAUCCCAAGUCACAGUUUGGCCCCUGCUACAGGAGGCUGCCCUGCUCAGAGAGAGAUUUAAUAGGGAGCUGAAGGAAUCCUUAGGGGGCCAGGGAGAUGUGACUGAGACUGGUUUUCCACGUGAAUGAGACGGGGUUGGUGGAGGGUUUGGUGCUACAGCCAGUCGGAAGAUUUGCAAAUGCGAACACAUUCCUGUGUGGGGCACGCUACCCUUUGUCAGUUAUUGUGAAUAUGUGUAUUUUAAGCAAUAAGAUUCAGCUGGUCAGACUUUUCUGGGCAGUCUCGGUGACGCAUUUCCUGUGCUGUGAUUGUUCUGAAGACAGAGUGGCUCUAACCACUGUGAGAAGCCCGAAUAAAAAUUGAUCCCCAAAA